ACCUUGGUGUUUGCUGCUAUCGCAACGUGUGAAGCGGCUGCAGGUAAAGCAUCCGCAGUUCUUUCGGUUUUUAUUUCUGAACCAUUGGUUGGUACUCACUGAAGCGCACACUCACUGCAAUUCAAAAAGGAUCAUUGAAACCAUAAUGAUAUGUUCAACACACAAACAGAAGAUUGACUUCAUACUUGAAAAAUCCAAAUCAGUGCGCCGGAAUCCAUCUUCAGGAAUAGGCAUGUCAGCUGACAAAGCAGUCAAUGCUGUUCAACACAGUCAUGUACGUCGUAAAGGAUUCAGACAUUAUAGAGUUAUAGGAAAGACUUCCUAUGUGGAUGAAACCUUGUUUGGAAAUUCUAGUGGGCUUCGGAGUUCAGUCACUGAAUUUGAACCACCAUGGGGUUCCACAUCUCAGACUGGUUCACAACAAUCGUCAUCAUGGAAUUCAAGUUCCCAAAUAAAGCCUAGUGCAAAUGGAGAAAUUGGACUAGUUCCAAAUGCACAUAAAUGUGAUGGCACACCAAUAAAAAAGAACAAAUACAGGUUAAAAGGCCAUGUGCCUAGCUACUGUGAUGAAUCACUUUUUGGCACAAAACAAGAGGAUCCAGACUGGGAAGCACCAUGGACUGCACAAGAAGAUAAAAUAAAGAUUCGUCCACUCCUGUGGACUCCCUCAGUGCAUAAAAUUAGUUCAAAUGCAUUUUGUUCGUGUAGCUGUCAGUUCUCGUCUGCCAAAGGAAAUCCAGUGAAACCACUUUAUUCAGUCACAAGAGAAUCUUGCACUGAUCCAAUUACAGAAAAAAGAGGCAAAUCAGAUUAUUGGAAGAGGCCAAAGAGUGAUAAAGACUCUACUAAUGGCACCACUAUUCAAGAACAAUCAAAAUCUUUAACUAGGAUACCCAGCCCUUGGAAAAGAAUUGUGAAAGCAGAUUCCCCACUGAAUACUGCAAGGAACACAGAGCAGUUGCAAUGUAGACCAAUUUCACCAUUUACUAGAUUAUCAGGACCAAAGCAUUGCAAUAAACAGAAACCUGGUAACCUGUCAGAUUCUGUUUCAUAUAGUCAACCCAAGAUAACAGGUUCUGUCACGUUAAGUCCUCCCUGGAAAUACUAGAGCUGUUUGGGGUAUAACUGAGACUGAGGUAUUUCUGAAGUCAGUUUGGAAUAGGGAUGUAGCUACAUUUUCAGUUACCUAAGUAUCAUGUAACAACAAUGAUCUUAUUUAAAAAACAGUCAAGUUCAACAAAUGAGGGAACUGUGGGAAGUGAGGUGAAUGUCACUGAGAAGAUGUUGAACCUGUUGAUUACAUGGAACCGGUCAAAUUCAGAUCCUUCGAGAUGGCCCUCAAGAGGAACAACAAUGAUCUUUUAGAGUCAUAGACAUGUACAACACAGAAUCAGACCCUUAGGUCCAACUUGUCCAUGUUAACCAGAUAUCCUAAA